AUGGCCAGACCAGACACAACCUUGUUAUGGAGCCUUGGAAUGAUGAUAUUUCCGGAUUUAGGAUUUCUGACGGCAAAGGACAGAGAAGCCAUAAUCUGCAACUUCUUCCCAAGAUGGAUAGUAAUGGAAUCAUCAAUCGAUUACUGUACCAAUCAGGAACAUCAUCGGAAAAUGAUGGAUAACAGUGAAGAGCUAGAAAAAAUGAUUGUCAAGUUUUAUGGAUCAUCUAUGGAGAGAAGAAAACCUGAUAAAGAGAUUGUGAAUAUUUUCAAGCCAUACUGGGUGCAUUUCUACAAUGAAAUUGCUGAGUCGGUGUUUCAGAUGAAAUUAGAUAAAGUGGAAUGCAUCGCGCUCUUUCUGAUGAUUCUUUUUGAUGAUGCGUAUACAAAUAUCAGCGAGGAAGGGGCAAAACUAUGCAGAAAUCUGCGGAAGGUAGUUCUACGAGAGCUGAAAGGAUAUCAAACAGACAACAACUUGCCAGAAAAACGAUUAUUGGAUGUCAUGUCGACGCUGAUGCUUCUGGAGAAAGGAGAAGAAAAGAUGCAAGAAGAGAUUAUACUCUGUGGGCUUAACAAUGUUAAUCUUCACGAUGAUUUCAAAUCGAUUGUGCAAGGCCUGUGCAGCAUUUUUCCGGAGAUGUGUGCAUUCAAAGAAGCUGGAUGUCACCUGCACAUGUCAGCACAGACUCCCAUCAUCACAUCCAUGCAGGCAUUGUCGAAUGUUAAAAUGCAUUGCCACCGGAAUGACAAAAAAUACUUUUUGGGUACCGAUGAGUACUAUAAAAAGUGUGCGCACUUUUAUGGCAGCUCGAUGGCUUCUGGAAAACGAAUCAAAGAUUCUGAAACAAUCCGAAUCUUUGCACCAUUUUGGGAUUGGCACUAUUCAGAAGUUGCACAUCCAGUGUACCUGAAGAAACUCGACAAAGUGGAGUACAUGGCUAUUUUUCUCUUAUUAUUAUUUGACUAUGCUUAUACCAAUAUCAGCGAAGACGGGGCCAAAUUGUGCAGAAAUAUUAGAAAAGUGAUUCUCAGGGAACUAAAAGGAUAUCAAGAUGACAAGAAUUGCUCAGAUAUGCGGCUAGCAGACACAAUAGAUACUCUACGGCUUCUCGAAAAAGCAGAAGAAAAGUUACAGGAAGAAAACGUGCUUUGCGGAUUACAUAACUUGGUUCUUCAUGACGAUUGGAAAGAGAUUUUUCACAUCAAGAAGUUGUAA